UCCUGGAUUUCCAACAAGCAAAAGGAAUAAAAGCAAAACUUAUUUUUUUUAUUAUCAUUGCUUCUGCAUGAACUGCCUCCUGUGCUGACCAUCCAUUUGGGUCUGCACGCCGCUCAGGUUCAUUCAUGGCGAUGCUUCUAGAUGGAGGACCUCAGUUUCCCACCCUGGGAGUUGGUGGGUUUGGGACAUCUCGCCAUCAUGAAAUGUCCAACCGAGAUGCUGGCAUGGGGCUUAAUCCUUUUGCUGAACCUUCACACGCUGCAGCUUUUAAGCUCAGUCCAGGCAGUCAUGAUCUCUGUUCAAACCAGAGCUCGGCUUUUACCCCGCAGGCAUCCGGAUAUGCCAACGCGCUUGGACACCAUGCUGGGCAGGUGCCAUCUUACGGCGGUGCUGCCUUUAACUCCACAAGAGAUUUUCUUUUCCGAAAUCGUAAUUCUGGAAUUGGGGACGCUGCCUCUCCAGGUGGUCAGCACGGACUUUUCGCCAGCCACGGCCCUCCUGGAAUGACUGAAUCGCCAGGACACCUGAUCUUUCCGGGACUUCACGAACAAAGCUCCAGCCACACUUCACCCAAUGGACAUGUGGUCAAUGGACAAAUGCAUUUAGGUCUCAGAGGUGAUAUUUUCGGACGUCCAGAUCCUUACAGAGCGGUGCCCAGCCCCAGGACUGAUCAUUAUGCAACUGCCCAGUUCCACAACUACAAUCACAUGAAUAUGAGCAUGAAUGUGGCUGCUCAUCAUGGCCCAGGGGCAUUUUUUAGAUAUAUGAGGCAACCUAUCAAACAAGAAUUAUCGUGCAAAUGGAUGGAGGAAUCACCGAUGAACCGUCCGCAGAAAAGCUGCGAUAGGACAUUUAGUAGUAUGCAUGAACUGGUCACACAUAUGACAAUGGAACACGUUGGGGGACCAGAACAAACAAAUCACAUUUGUUACUGGGAGGAAUGUCCCAGGGGAGGCAAAUCCUUCAAAGCAAAAUAUAAACUGGUUAAUCAUAUAAGGGUGCAUACUGGAGAGAAACCUUUUCCAUGUCCAUUCCCUGGAUGUGGGAAAAUAUUUGCACGUUCAGAAAAUCUAAAGAUCCACAAAAGAACUCAUACAGGUGAGAAGCCUUUUAAGUGUGAGUUUGAAGGAUGCGACCGCCGGUUUGCAAACAGCAGUGACAGGAAAAAGCAUAUGCACGUGCAUACAUCAGACAAACCCUACAUCUGUAAGGUCUGCGAUAAAUCCUACACACACCCCAGCUCUCUGCGGAAACACAUGAAGGUACAUGAAUCUCAAGGGUCUGAUUCAUCCCCAGCUGCCAGUUCAGGUUAUGAAUCUGCCACCCCACCAGCAAUGGUUUCUGCCAGCAGUGAGGAGCCUUCUAAAACGACUUCAGCAGUAAUUCAGACUAACAGCAACACUCACAACCCAGGAUUACUUCCACCCAAUUUUAAUGAGUGGUAUGUUUAAAAAAGAAUACACAGAAAAAGGCAAAGUCACGCUCAGUAAAAAGGACCAAAUGAAUGACAGAGACGAAGAAGGUGGUUCUACCAACAUGGAGAUGAUGGAGUUUAUGAAACAAACAGCAGAACAGGGCUUUGUUUUAUUACCCUGGAUUUUUCCCCCUUUUUUUUUUAAAGAAGGCUGUGGACUAAUUGUGUCCCUUU